AUGAGACGUGAGUGGGAUUGGUUGGAUUCUCAACAAGACUGUCCCAAUGAAUCUGAGUUGAGCAACGACUGCAGGUCCCUUUUCAGCUCAUGGGACUCCAGUCUGGAUCUUGAUGUGAGCAGCUGGAGGGAAACUGAGGAUCCGAGGGCUGAAGAACUAGAGGAAAGCAGCUCAGGGAGAGAACAUAGUGAACUUCUUGUAGGGGAUGGAGUCAGUGAGGAAUCUCAGGAAGAGUCAGAGCAAAUCAGCCGCCAGAACCUCCUCCACUUUCUCUCUGAGGUAGCUUACUUAAUGGAGCCAUUGUGCAUUAGCAGCAAAGAGUCAAAUGAAGGCUGUUGCCCUCCAGCUGGUAUCAAACAAGAGGGAAAGGAAAUUGAAACUGCUGAAGGAGAAGGGGAGCCCUGUAGUGAGACCAAAGAGUGUUCAGCCAACGUAGACCUCUUAGAAGCUGAACAGAAGCCACUGGGAGAAGAUGGAAAGCCAGAAGUGGCUACAGCUCCCUCAGCUACUCGUGUAGUUCAGGGACUACCCACAGAGAGUGAAGAGGGGCAUUCACAGGGAGAGGCUCAGCAAGAAUCUAAAGAGGAAGACCAGAGUGAAGGGUAUGUGUCAGAAAUGGAAGAGCAGCCCCCUUUAGAUGAGGGUGAUGAUGGCUUCAGCAUUCCAGAGACUCCUCUGAUGGAUAUCCUUUUCAGCCAUGCUACCUCCUCAAAGCUGGUUGAUUUAUGCAAAGUUGUCCCUGUUAAGGAUCAUUCACUAUUUAAGAAGACAGUCCUGCCAGUCUGGAAGAUGAUUGCCAGUCACAGGUUCAGCAGUCCAUUUCUGAAGCCUGUGUCAGAAAGGCAGGCCCCAGGGUACAAGGAUGUGGUGAAAAGACCCAUGGACUUAACUAGCCUGAAGAGGAAUCUGUCCAAGGGACGGAUUCGCAGCAUGGUCCACUUCCAACGGGACCUGAUGCUGAUGUUUCAAAAUGCUGUGAUGUACAAUGACUCUGAUCAUCAUGUGUACCAUAUGGCUAGGGAGAUGCAGCGAGAAGUCUUGGAGCAGAUUCAGGUGCUGAGUGCUUGGUUAGACAAAAAAGGAGACUUUAGUGUGGAAUGAGAACAAGCCAACCAAGUGGAUGAUGGAAGACAAACUAGAGCUGCUACCCUAACCUUUUCUGGAGUUUGAACCUCUCCCUGAGACUCUAAUCCAUAGAAGAUCCUUGUUUACUGCU